AUGGAUCAUAGAAAGGAGUUCGUGUGUGUAUUCGCAAAUGGACGAAUUUUUAAUGGCCCAGCUGGUGUAACAUUUGAAUCUGAUAAUGUGAAAAUUAUCAAAGUUGAUGAAAACAUUACCUUGGGCAAAUUGAAGCAAGUUAUUGGACGAAAGUUGCGACUUCCUCCCUAUCAAAACGUGACAAAUUUAGUAUAUAGGUAUCCUACAUGCAUAAAUCCACCACAAUACCAAGCAUGCAAUUUGGAAGAUGAUACAGAUAUAAAACAAAUGUGGCAAGUGACUAGAAGAUUUUCAACUCAAUUAACAUGUGCAGAGUUGUAUGCUAACAUAUGUGAUUUACCAGAUAAUCACCAUAUUGAGUCACAACCCAUAGGUGAUUAUGUCGAAAAUAUGCCCCCAUCAAGUAGCAAUAGGGUGAACAUGAUGGAACAAGAAUCUAUGUUUAGUGAUGACAUGGAAAGUUUCCAACCAUUUGAACUCCCCAUAGAUGGUGGGAACAUUAUAUCAUCAUGUUCUCUUCCUCACGUAGAAGAUAUCAUGGAUGAAUCAGAGGAUGAGGAAGAAUAUGAUUCUUAUUUAAAUGCUGGUAAUGGGGAUGAUAAUGGUGACAAUGACAAUGAAUAUGACGAGAUGAAUGAGCAAAAUCAGGUUACAAAUGCUUCCUUGUCACAAAUUCAUGUUGAGUCAGUUACAACUCCUGAAUUUGGUGAAUUAGAAGAUAUUCUGCAUGUUAGUGAUAAUGAAGAGUUAAAUGUUGGGAAAAUAUUUAGCAAUGUCCAAGUUUUAAGACGUGCAGUCAAGCUAUAUUCUGUUCGUGUUCAUCAUACAUUUAAGGUCUAUUAUUCUUGUAAAAAGUAUGAAGAAUAUCGUUGUGUUAACUAUGGAGAUAAUUGCAAUUGGAGAGUGAGGGCUUGCAAAAAGGAAAGCAAGAACUAUUGGCAAAUUACAAAAUAUGGGGGGCCUCACGUAUGCUUGAGCACGUCAUUAACUCAAGACCAUCCAAAGUUGGACGCAGAUGUUAUAUCAUCCUGCAUUGUGGCAAUGGUAACUGACAAACCAGAUGUGAAAGUGUCACAAAUUAUUGAGAGGAUGCAAUCAAUGUUUGGUUAUACUGUGUCAUAUAGGAAAGCAUGGAAGGCAAAACAAUUAGCAAUUGCGAUUGCCUUUGGAAAUUGGGAGACCUCAUAUUCCUUGCUCCCAAGAUGGUUAGCUGUAGUUCAACACUUCAUGCCUGGGUCAUGCAUAUAUUUUUCAAACAAACAAUGCUCUCAAGUCAAUACAAACGGUCAACUGAUUGAAAUGUUUCAUCGUGUUUUUUGGACAUUCAAGCCAUGCAUAGAUGCGUUUCUGUAUUUAAAGCCCAUUAUACAAGUUGAUGGAACAUUCUUAUAUGGAAAAUACAAGGGCACAUUGCUUAUGGCAAUAUCACAAGAUGGCGAUCGAAAUGUUGUGCCACUUGCAUUUGCUAUAGUUGAAGGGGAAACAAGAUCUGCUUGGGCAUGGUUCUUACACCUUGUACGCCAAUGUGUUGUAAAAGAUAGAACAGGAAUUUGCUUAAUUUCAGAUAGACAUCGUUCAAUUUUGGCUGCUGUUGCUCAACCCCAAGUUGGAUGGCAACCACCACAUGGACAUCAUGUUUUUUGUCUACGACACGUGGCUUCAAAUCUUCACAAAGCACAUGGAACAAAUUGGUUAAAAGAGAAGUUUAUAAAUAUCGGGUAUGCUUAUGAACGUCAUGUUGUUGACAGAGAAUUAGCAGAAAUAGCAUUGCACCAUACUCCUGCAGCUAGAUGGAUCGGAGCCAUCCCAAAAGAGAAAUGGUCACGUGCAUAUGACCUUGAAGGUCUUCGUUUUGGACACAUGACAACCAAUCUUGCAGAGUGCAUGAAUAAUGUAUUUAAAGGUGUUCGAAGUCUACCAAUAACAGGUUUAGUUAAGGCAACCAUGUAUAGAGUCAAUAAUUAUUUUGUCAAACGUGCCCAACAAGUUCAUGCUCAAAUUAUGGUUGGUAAGGUAUUUUCCGAGACAAUGACAAAGAAGUUAGAUAUAGCAACACAAAGUGCAUCUGCUUGUGUAGUUCGAGAUUUUAACAGAAUAGCAACAUCAUUUGAGGUUAUGGAGCCAUAUAAUGUUCGAUGUCGUCAAUUUCGUCGGUGUUGCAAGGUGAAUUUGAUUGACAGAAAAUGUGAUUGUGGAGAGUUUCAAGCAGAAAAGUUUCCAUGUAUGCAUGCCAUUGCUGCUUGUGCACGAGUAGGCAUAGACCAUUUACAAUAUGUGGAUCCUGUUUUUCGGUUGGAAACUAUGCAAAUGGUUUAUAAUAAUGAGUUCCAACCAGUGGGAGAUGAGAUGUACUGGCCACAGAUUGAUUGUCCUCUUCUAAUACCUAACCCAUCAAUGAUUAGAGAUAAAGGACGUCCUCGCUCAAGUCGCAUAAGAAAUGAGAUGGAUUGGACCACACCCAAUGAACCUAACAAGUGUGGAUUAUGUCGACAAGUUGGUCAUAACCGUUCUACUUGUCCACAAAGUGUAGCAUCUCGACAAUAA